GUUUACUUCACAGUCUUGUCAAGAAUUUGUUCAUUCACACUCGGGGUCUCGUUACGUUCAUAUAUCUAAAUAAAUAUAUAGGCAAAUCUUUGCUUUUUCAUUAUUAUUAUCCUUGAAUUACCAGUUAACUAACUUCCUACCCCUUCAGACAUAAACUACACAAAGUUGCGCGCGUGUUCUUGUAUGUUAAGUUCAAAUUUUCAACGCAUUCCAAUGUACACUUAUUUCGUCGGCCUAGCCAGUCUUCGUACCACCUGCCAGCCGGAGGCUCUCAGAAGGAUGCUGCCAACGGCCCCUACUGCUACUGCGACGUGUUCAAUUUGGAAGCGUUUGGUAAGCCAAUAUCAGUUCCGCACCCAGAAGCCGGUCUAUUAUCCCGAUCGUCAAGCCGAAAUGAAGCAUCAGCGAUCAUCGCCGUCGAUGAAGGUAAAGUCACCAACAAUGCAACAGCUGCAGCAGCAGCAACAACAACUAUUCAACAAGACGGGUAAAAUGCUGCAGAAUCGUAUGCAGAGUCGUGGGUUGCCCAAGGACUACUAUUACAAGGUGCUUGGUGUACAUAAACAUGCAACCAUUCAGCAAAUACGUUCAGCCUUCUAUGCUUUGGCCAAGCGCUAUCAUCCGGACUCUACGCAUUCGGAGCAGAAAUUGCAACACUUCCAAGAGCUUUCCAAUGCCUAUAACAUUCUCACGGAUGAGACGAAACGUCUGGAGUACGAUCAAUUAGGUAGCAUUAAAGAUGAGCAGGCAUUCCUGGCGCAAGCAGGUAAUCCAAUGCAAAUGGAUCCGGAGACGGCGAAAAAAUACGAAAUGCAAAAAUCAAAUGAUGAAAUUCAAAAGUUGACCGGAAAUGAAUUUGAUUUGUCACUCUCAUUUGUGGAUGCUACAGUUGGGUGUAAAAAGCGACUGGAUUUACGCUAUUUACGUAAAUGUGACACUUGCAAGGGCAAAUCCCAGCUGAUGGCCCAUCGUGAGGUUGGAAAGGAACCCUGCCGACGUUGCAAUGGAACUGGGAAAGUGACCACCAAAACUGUGACCUUCACGUCGGUGAACACAUGCAGCCAAUGCAAGGGGAAGCGAUUUAUCAAUCGCAACGAUUGUGAAACUUGCGAUAAUCGCGGCUACGUAGUGGCCAAUGUUGAGGUGCUGAUCACGGUACCGUCCGGUUCCAAAUCCGGCGACGUAAUCACCAUCGACAAUCCCAAUACGAAGCAGCGUGUCAACUAUCGCCUCGACGUGCCGCCUAGUGAAUAUUUUCGACGCAUUGGUAAUGACAUCCAUACGGACAAGCAUUUGACCAUUUCGGAGGCAAUACUUGGGGGCAAUUUCACGGCUCGCGGCCUCUAUGAGAAUGUGGAGCUGCGCAUCGAGCCGGGCACUCAAUCGGAAACGCAAAUUGUCCUGAAGAACAAGGGAGUGCGUUCGCAAGACGGUAUUGGCAAUCACAUUAUCACACUGAAAGUGCGAAUUCCGCGCAAUUUAUCGGUGAAGCAGCGCCAGUUGGUCCUGGCUUUAGCCCAGGCCGAAGAGCCGCUGUUCGAGCGGCAUCAAGACGUACUAGCCAGUGCCAUAAAAAUGGUAUGAAUGAGUAAUAUGGGAUGCUUGGUGGUGCGGCACGUAAUAACUUCGUUUAUAAAUUCUCAAUGUGGACAAAAGCUUAAUUAACGUUUUAAAAUAUAUAAAACAAGGAUUUUUCUGAAUAUUCCCCAA